UUUAAAUCGUUGUAUGUGCUUGUUUUAUUCGAUUCCUUUUCGUCCUUUGCCGUCCAUACUGGAAAAGUAAUUUCAACUCGUUCGCGAAGGUAUGGAUGGCAAAAGCCAAAAGUCGCUGACAGACGACAUGGCCUCGCCCACAUACGGCACGGAGGUGCUCAUUGGCAACUGGGCCGAGCGCCGCUUCGCUGUGGUGGAGCAGAGCAACGCUAUCCUGCCAGGACUCCGAGUCAGUGGCUGCGAGUACCACCGGUCACUAUGCCAGGAUACGUACACAAGGGCACCGUUCGAUCGUGCCGAUACAGUUCCCUUUUUCGUAGAUCAUCGCAAGUUGGCUUUCCAGAACUUUAUGAGGAACCGGAGGUCGUGCUUGAACCUUGUAGACCAUGAAUCGCUAAAACGAAACUUCACUACAACCAACACCCUUGAGUUCCAAGAGCUUCCGCGACUGCGUAUCUUGCUCGCAAAAGGGGAAAAUGAAAGGAGCGGUCCCCCAAAGCAACCGACGGACGUGGACAGACUGCAGGCCUUUGGAAAUCUUACGGAGACACAUAACUAUCUCAAUCGGUUUAAGUGCGCGAAACUACUUGACGAGGUCAGCAACAUGCAAACCACCUAUUCAGCCAGCUUCAACCGCCCGUGGAAGAGCAAGCCAAUCUUCGAGUUCGGACCAGACUACGACGGUGUAGUCAAAUUCGAUUUGGCUUGCUAGCGCCGGUUUCUUCUCGAUAUCUUGCAAAAAUUGUAAUAGUGCAGUUAAUAGAAACUCAAUCCUCUAUAUUACAAGAUUCAAUUUAUUUCAAA